UAUAAAUCCCACAACUGCAGUAUUGGUUUAAAAAUAAGUCGGAUUUGUUUUGCAAUUGCUUUUGUCCGAUAUGGCAUUUCGUUCCUGCUGUUUGCUAAUUCAGUGUUCGUGUUUCGCUAACAAAUUACAGAAAAGCUUAAAUAAUUCCAUUUUUUUAACUGUUAUGUGCAAAAGUAAACAUUGAGAUCACAAUGAGUCUGGAGCAGGGUGAACAUUUGUUGGCACUAAAGGUGAUGCGGCUGACUAGGCCUACACUCAUCGGUCCACAGGUGAUUUCCUGCGAAAAUCGCGAUUUGCCACAACAAACAUUACGACGGCGUAUGCUGGAACAUGAGAGUACAACAGUGGCAGGCGCAGAAACGCUAGCAGCUGGACAAUUUAUGUUGUUACCACAGUCGUUUGGUUCCAUAUAUUUAGGUGAAACUUUCGCAAGCUACAUUUGUGUUCACAAUUGUACGACCUAUUCAGUGGAGGGUGUUACGGUUAAGGCGGAUCUACAAUCUAAUACAACGCGCAUUAACUUACCCAUGAUUGAGAAACAAACCAGCACUACACUUGCGCCUGAUCAAACAUUGGAUGAUGUGAUACGCUACGAGGUGAAGGAAAUAGGCACGCAUAUUUUGGUUUGCGAAGUCAACUAUACAACGCCGGCUGGUUUUCCGCAGUCAUUUCGAAAAUUCUUUAAAUUUCAAGUGCUCAAACCUCUCGACGUUAAAACUAAAUUCUACAAUGCUGAAAUGGAUGAAAUUUACUUGGAAGCACAAAUCCAAAACAUAACUACAGGUCCGUUUUGUCUCGAGAAAGUCGAAUUGGACAGCUCUGAGCACUACACCAUUACACCAUUGAAUACGUUAUCCAAUGGCGAGUCGGUGUUCUCCUCAAAAAAUAUGUUACAGCCCAAUAAUAGCUGCCAGUUUUUGUAUUGCAUAAAGCCAAAAACUGAAAUUGCGAAAGACAUUAAGGCUUUAAGACAAGCAAAUAAUGUGGGUAAAUUGGAUAUUGUAUGGCGUUCGAAUUUAGGGGAGAAGGGACGUUUGCAAACUAGUCAAUUGCAACGUUUGCCCUUCGAAUAUAAAGAUGUGCGCCUGGAGGUAAUCGAUGCGCAGAACAUUGUAAAAAUAGGUGAACCAUUUACGUUUGUUUGUCGCGUAACAAACACAGCGGAACACAUAAUGGAUUUGGUGGUGAAAUUAGAAACACAACUAGAAUUUGGUUGUGACUAUACUGGCGCUACAGAAUUUUCCAUUGGUAAACUAGCGCCUGGAGAACAACGCGAAUUUCCACUGACAGUGUGUCCGGCGCGUUUAGGUUUGAUUAAAAUCAGUCCUCUACUGCUAACGAAUACCCUACAAAAAGAGCAGUAUAUUAUCGAAAAGGUGGUUGAUGUGUUUGUUGUCGAUACGGACUAUCAUGAGGAUGAAGCAUUCCAGGUUAAUAAAUUUGUACGCUACGAUAAUACAUCAUCAGCGCCAAUUGAGGAGCGCACAUUGCAACUGCAAGUCGUCUGAAGGCGAUUAUUUUUCGGGAAAUAAGUUCUUUAGCAUUUUAUUGUAAUAAGACUAAGUGUAUGUCAUUAAAACAUUAUUAAAAUAUAUGUGUAAUGCAAGGCGAAUUUAAUUAAUUAAUUAAUUUAAAUGAAUUCGCCUUGUCUUGGUAUAAUGUAUAAAAAUGUAUUUUGAUUGCUUGACUGUGACUUUAAUUCCAUGGAGAUUUGAUUUUGUCAAAAAAAUUAUUAAAAAAGCGCCUUGACGCAUGUGUAAAUGUAAUAAAUAUUUAUUUUCUCAAUAUUUAUCAACAACUCUUUAGCCUAUAUAAAAGCCUUACAUUGCACUCUAAUCAAAAUUGUUUUGCUUUAAUUAGAAAUUAGCAUUUUCAAAACUUAGCAGUAGACGCGCAUGCGCACAAACGUAAUAUGCUUAAGUAUACAAACAUAGCGCAAUUUCUAUGAGGCAAAGUAAAACAACAACAAUAACAAAGUAAGCAAAAAAUAAAAAAAACCUAUAAAAAUUACACACAAACAAAUAUAAAAUCUACUUGCAGUGUAAAAGUGUACAUAUUGUACGAGAAUAGAGAAAAAAAAUGUAAAAAAUGAAAUAGUCACCAAACUAAUUGAAAGUAAAAAUAUAAUAAAUAUUACAGUUGAAUUAACAAAAAAGCAAUAGCAAAAAAAAAACAACAACAACUAAAAACAAGUAAUUAAAACAGUGAAUUUAUGUGCCAAUACUCAUACAAAAAUAAAUAGAAAUUUAAUUAGUGAAUAUAUUAAAAGAAUAAAUUAAAUAUAAAUUACUGCACCCAUACAUACAUAUAUACAAAUACAACAGUUGAGCGCAGUAAAUUGAGUGCACAUUUAUUAAUUAUUAUAAAAAUAAAAAAUAAAAAAUAUAAAAAAAUAACAAAAAUACAUAAAUAAAUACAUAAAAAAGUAGAUGAGUGCUUUUCGUUUUGUACAAAGUUAUGAUUUCCUUAUUAUUUCGUUGAUUUGCGCCAAUUAUUGCCCACAAAAUGACACAACAAGACAACUAGACGCAUAACAAAAACUACAACAAACAAGCUACAACAAAACUACAUACAAACAAAUGCUGAAAUAGCCACCUGAGUGCCAAAUAAAAGCGACGAAAUGCAAUUAUUUUUAACGGUAUUGCCAGCUGUCGACCACUCGCUUCAACUAAAACAACAACAACAACAACAGCACAGGCUAAUGCAGCUACAGUCGCACAGAAAAAGCAAGUAAAACGUUGUCAACUGCAACAUUAAUGCAUGAAACGACAAUAACAACAACAAGGGCAACAAAAAUUAAAAAAAA